CCCGCCUCGCUUCCGCCGGUCGCCGCGCGCUCUUUACGUCGUGGAGUCCGUGCAGGAGGCAUUUCCGGCCAUUCAAACUCGUUUUAAGUCGCUCGGUGUGCCGGAGGGGUAGCAUUCAGUGUCCACUCGGACCCAAAGGGAGGCGGCGCCGCUAGGAUGAAGCUCGUGAGGUUUUUGAUGAAAUUGAGUCAUGAAACUGUAACCAUCGAAUUGAAGAAUGGGACCCAGGUCCAUGGAACAAUCACAGGUGUAGAUGUCAGUAUGAAUACACACCUUAAGGCUGUGAAAAUGACCUUGAAGAACAGAGAGCCUGUACAGCUGGAAACAUUGAGUAUCCGAGGGAACAAUAUUCGGUAUUUCAUUCUUCCAGACAGCCUGCCUCUGGAUACACUACUUGUGGACGUUGAACCCAAGGUGAAGUCUAAGAAGAGGGAAGCUGUUGCAGGAAGAGGUCGAGGCCGGGGAAGAGGACGAGGACGUGGCCGUGGCAGAGGGAGAGGGGGUCCUAGGCGAUAAUGUCUCUCAAGAUUACUGUUUCAAAGUGUUCGGCAAUUUGGGAUAUUUUUUGUACAGGUUUUGUUUGUUUGUCAGUUUUUAAUAAACUUAAAUGUGGGAUA